ACAGAGGAUAAAAUUUGAAAUUACGAGAGCCAUUCAAAAGUUUCCCUUUCAACUAUUCGACACGCCACAUGUUCCAUAAAAGCGGGGCGCAUGUUUCGUUACCAGGGCGACCAAUUCCCAGAAUCGUACACAAAGCCUUGAUGAAGAACAAACUUGAAGCACAUGCCAGUUAGUUCAAAUGCUCUCUCAUUUUUACCAUUCAAACUUCGUACAGUAUGAAUUGUAAUGUCGGUCGAGGGUGAAUUUUUCCUAUCGAUCACGGGAUCAAUUGAGCACGCGGAAUUUUAUGAUAUCAAUAAUGCCUACUGCAAGUACGGAUUUCAUUGUGGGUCCGAAUGGACUGUUGUCGCCGGUAUCGAAGAAGGUUUAACGCAAAUGUGCAAGUGCAGCAAUGACCCGCGAAAUCUGGCUGUAUGGAAUUUCCCCUUGGAGAUUACAUUCAAAAGCACCAGUCCACAUGGAUGGCCCCAGUUAAUAAUGUCGAUUUACGGGCUGGACAUCUUUGGCCACGAUGUCAUUAGAGGAUAUGGGGUGUGUCAUUUACCGCUGGAAACAGGUUGCCAUGAAAAAAGGGUAUCAGUGUACGUACCUGAGUCCUCUUCGACGUUGCAACGAUUUGCAGCCUGGUUAACAGGUAGAAGACCGGAGUUAAUUGAUCCAACGAUAUUGGCCUCAGGUGGCGGAAGGGAACGUAUGAAGUGGGUGGUCUCGAGUAAUAACUUCCUUUAUAAUUGCAGUCACGCGCAUGAGAGUGGAGGGUAUUGUUACCGUAACGUUCAACGUUGUGCUAAAAGAUUUCUUCAAGCUUGGCUACAACAACGGUGAGAAACAGAAGAAAUAAUGAGACUUGUUAUGGGCACAAAUGUCCUCCAUUACUGGACUAAUAUUUCUUCUUCUUUUCUUUCGCUUCGGUAUAUUUCACGGCGCAUGGAAAAUCCGAUGAAACUCGUGAGAGAUUUAGGAAAAAUGUUUUUAUUAACUACUGUGCUCGUUAACCAGUUACUGCAGUGAUUAAGACGGUAACACGAAAUUAAUUACCUAAGAUUAAUGUUCAAGCGUUUAAAACGCUAUUUUGACUAAACGAGUGGAUUUUAUAUAUUUGUAAUAUAUCAUAUUAAAAAAUGUAAAGUGUAAUU